AUGAUAACACUAACCAUGUUGUCUUUUACUGUCACCUAUCUUCUGUACUGGCGCUUUGAUCAGAUGCCGACUCACGUGACUAUUGAAAACCAAUUUGAGCCGAUAGUGAACUUACCAUAUCCUACUAUAACUUUAUGUCCGUCUAACCAAAUGACUAAAUCCUCCGUGGAGUUCUUCAACCGAAAGGGUAAUCUGACGAUUGAUUUGAAAUCCAUAUUACCAACAUUACUAGGGUUCUAUGAACUAGUCGAUAACAUAAACGAUUAUGACUUGGACAAAUUGCAGAAGAGUUUUGAUCUAAAUCGAUUUACCGUUAUGCUGACUGACUGGACAGAGUAUCCUUUUGACUACGAAAGCUAUCUGGUAGAUACGAACGCUGAAAGUUAUCUCUUUUUAAGGGCAACUGACACCUAUUGCUCUAGCGACGUCCAGCUAUUACCCGUGUCGAGCCGCGAAUGUCUCUUCGAUGAUGAGCGUAAGCUGCCCUUCUUUUGGUACUAUCACGAUUCUGAUUGUGAGCUCAUGUGCCAGGUUCUGGCAGUGAAGGAUUCUUGCGACUGUUGGCUCUUUUUCUUACCCUUCUUAGGUAUUGAUAAUACCUGCAAAGCGACUCAUAUUCCGUGCAUUAUGAAUGUUAAGAAGAAUAUGUAUUUGUGGCUGAACUCAGAGCAAUGCCACUGCCCGAGGAAUUGUGUAUCUAGAAAGUACCACGCUGAUGUGACUGUAGGCAACUUCCGCGCUUUACCUUACAUGAUUGAUUCACAAAAUCACUUAUGUUUUUGGGCCUUAAGCUCGAUAAUCGGAAUGUCAUUGUCGGGUUACAUUACCUGGUUACUAUAUUGUCGUUUCUUGGAGACGCCGACGCAGAUCACCAUUGAAAGCCAGUUUGAUUCACUAAAGAACAUGCCCUAUCCCACCAUAACCCUGUGCUCUCCUACACAGAACAGUGUGUCCUCCGUGAAGUAUUUCAACAAGUCUCUUGUAGAUGGUGAACUUACUAUUAACUUAGAAGACACACUCCCUCAACUGAGAGGCUUUUACGAAUUCGUUUCUGAGUUGAAUGAAGGCGAUCUAAUGCAAUUGCAAAAUGUUUUAGAGCUUAACCGAUUCACUAUCCCUGAGGUGAUGGCUAAGACAUCACAAAGUUGCGAAAGAUUUCUGAAGAGAUGCGUGUUUGAAAACAAAUUGUACGAUUGUAAAGAACUAUUCCAACCAAUCAUUACAAGUUAUGGAUACUGCUGCGCUUUCAAUAGCAAAUACUAUUUUGAUGGCAAAAGGAUAACUCUAAACCCUCUAUUCAAGAAUCACACAAUUAACAUUGUCGGAUUCUUGUCUUCACUAAUAGUGAUCUCGGAUUUUGAACCCGAUGAAGUGAUGGUGACGGAUGUAUCAGAAUUUCCCGCUGACUCCGAAAGUUUGUUGGUGGAACCAAAUGGCGAAGCCGUACUGCUUUUACGGGUUAUAUUCACAUAUUGCUCUGAGGAUGUGCGAGCACUCCCAUCGUGGAGUCGUGAAUGCAACUUUGAGAAUGAACAGAGACUGCCAUUCUUCAGAUACUACCGUAAUUCUGACUGCUACCAUUCGUGUCACAUAGAUGCAGUGCGCAAGGCUUGUCAUUGUGAACUUUUCUUCGUACCCAACUUUAAUGUUCAACAUACUUGUAAGCUGACACACAUUUCGUGCAUUAUGGGGAUCAAAAGGAACAUGAGCUCGUGGAUAAUGCCGGACCAAUGCAUCUGCCCACGGGAUUGUGAAUUUAGGAAGUACAGCGUAGAUCUGACUUUAGGCAACUUUGAUGCCAUACCAUAUUUAAUCAAGCCAUAUUUAAUUAAUACAGGACUGACACUUAACGAAAGUACGACGAUACUGAAUUUCGUCUUUCCAAGUCCAGUAUAUGUUAAACAGAAGCAAGAGACGGUGUUGUCGAUUAUCAUUUUAUUAUCAAACCUUGGUGGUGUAUUCGGACUCUUCUUGGGAUGCAGCGGCAUUAGCUUACUGGAAAUUAAUUUCUACAUUUACAAAGGCAUUAAACGCCAUAUUUUUGCAGCAAGAGAGAAACGACGGAAUAGAGUAGAUUCCUAG